AUGGAUUCCACUUCUGCAACCCAGUCGCAGGUUCUCUGCCAUCUUGGGCCGUCGUCACAGCUCGACACGAAAGCUGGUAUCGCAAGUUGGCGCAAAGGCGAAUCUCCCGAUCCGCUCUCCAACGAUUUCUUCAAGGGGAACAGCACCGUUCAGAAACAGCCCUCCACCAACAAGGGAGGAACACCUCAGCAGUUACAUUCAGUCAAGAUCAAGAAUAGCACUGUCAUUACUACCAACCCUCCCAUGGCUCCCCGUGAGCAACCUUCCGCUGUCUCUCAGCAGGACGACGACGAUGACAUAUGCAUUGACCUCACAAAGCUGGCGCAACAAGUAUGGACUGCCGAAGAGCAACAAACAACAGCUCCUGCUGUCCAGCAGCCGGCGAAAAAACCGAAUUACGACCUGUCACCCAGAACUUUGACCAAUGGACAGGACGGCAGCUUUUUUCGCAACCACAACAUCGCUAGGCCUUCUCUGCUUAAACAACCUAGGCAGAAGAAAGUCGAUCAUCACUCGCCUCACGAUGCCUCACGAAUCUCCAAGACCAUCCGUUUGCCGAAGGAACCUACUAGACAGCGGAAGUUAUCCAAGAACUGCAUUGGUAGCAGAUACAAAUCCAUCACCGAAGACGAUAACACUGCUUCCCCAUACAUCUCAACGCCCAACAAGACAAGCGAUCCCAAUCCUCACUACCAAGUUGGCCAGGAGUUUUCUUUCAGUAGAAGCAUCCCCCCAAUGGUUCCAAGCUUGAUGAAGACUUGUCCCAGGCCACCAACAGCUGCCUUGAUGUUUGAUUCAAUAGCAUACUUUCCUUAUCAGCUCGACAUGGCUCGCCAUCUGGCCUACAAUGGUGUCUCGGGGCCAUAUGAACUUGGUGAGUAUCUCGUCGACAUCCACAUGGGAACCGCACAACCUGUCAAAAUUGCUCGUCGUGAUACUGGCGAGUACGGGCAACCAGUUUGGCGGCACCUCAUAACAGGAGACCAGAUAAUACCACGAGAUGGGUCUAAGGUUUGGGGCAUACCAGUCGCGCUGAGCAACGGAGCUCUGCUCCAUAUGGAAGACACAAAUGGAACUAGAAUCGCUCCUCAAUGGGGCUUCAGCCAACCUCGCGAAUGGCAUUCCCAGGAGUGGCCCGAAAUAGAGAAACCGGAGGAGAAACAGCACUCGGCACAGCAGGAAGCCAACCCAUUUCAUCCUGGGGUUAAGCCAGGUUGCAAUCCCAUGUGGCAAUGA